ACCACAGAGAAUAUUAUUAACAGACUAACAGACAGGAGACUUGAGGUUUAUAAAGAAGCUGAUGGCCCAAGUUCGUGAAACAAUUGAAUUACUUACAUUCAUCUUGAAUGAAAAUGGAUGUUCUAAACUUAAGGCAGAAAUAUUUCGCCUGGCAAAGUUCGACAAAGAUGAAGCGACAUUGGCUCUGUGGAAGUUACUCUUUGAGAUGCUUUAUUAUUGUAAAUACGGUAUAAUUGACGAGGUCACUGUAAAGGCUUUCUCAGAACUAACAACAGAAGAGCUGAUUGUCUAUGUUAAGCAAGAAUUACAGAACCUAGGAUUUCUCUCCAAAGAGUUUUCGCACCUUCCAAAUGAUGCUAGGUCUGGUAGCAGGGAAUUAUUACUGGCCUUUGCAUGGCUGGUUUGUAAACAGAAUCUCAUUGACAAAUUCAUGGAAAACUGCUCUUCUCCACUGGAAGACUCUUCUUUGUUAUCUGAGCUUCAGCAGAACAAAACAACAAAGGAACCUAGAACUCUAGUAGCAGCAGGUUCCCUGACACCAGUGCAGAAAGUUCAACAGUUACAACUCUUAAAUGGAAAGUUAAGAAGUAGUUUAAGGAGACUAUAUGCAUUACAGCGAGAGAAGGCAAAGCUACAACACAGGGUCCAUGAGUGUACUCAAGGUUCCUCCCUUACACCAGAUAUGCCUCAUCUUUCUUCACUAGAGGUCCACCUAUUAAGGCACCCUCAGUUGAUGAACAAGAUCACCACACUACUGGAGAAAGACAAUGUCAGACUGAGACACAUGCAGGAGUGGAAAGAUCAUGAACAGAUCUUCUGGAAGUGGAUGGAGAGUGUUUUAGAGCUGAAAGUGAAAGAAACCCCCAGGAAUGAGAAAGCUCCUAUGCUGUAUUACAAUAUAGCUCCUGAUCCAGUGUCAAGGAUGAAUGAAGCCAGAAGAAAGUUAGAGGAAGCCAUUCUCAGAUACGAAACAAUCAUCGAGCAGAUUGAGGAGCUGUGGGAGACCAAAAGAAGUGAAGUGACAGAGGAAGAAUUGGACGGUCUGUUAGAUAUGCUAAACAUGGAGAUUUCGCUACAGAGAUCCAACUUAGCUCUAGGCAGUUCGGACUUCUUCCUAAUGAGAGACCCAACAUUUGUUUUCAACAAAAAAGACAAGAAAAAGCCAAACAUGGCCAAACCUAUGGACAGGUUACCAGGAGCUCUUGGAGAGGGCCUAGGUGUUCCAGUAGAGAUCUCCGACGAGAUAGCAGCAUUGGAAUCACAGUUGAGAUUGCUCGAGACACAGGUAGGGAGGACGACAAGGCAGUAUACAUCUGAUCUGGAGAGACUUUCUGUUAGGGUACCAGGUGCAUUGUUUGUUCAGCCUUCAUCAUGUGUUUAGAAGUUGGAUAUGCUACUUGUACAAGCAUGUAAUACUGCCAUUUAAGGUGAUAUUAAACCUUAGGAUGAUAUCAGUUCAGUGCUGAAUCCAAAUUCAUUGAAAAUCCCUGUAUACUUGAUUGUUUAUAAUAUUUUUUGCUGACCAGAAAAACUUGAAGUGAGAAUUUUCAGUAUUAGUAUGUCAUUUCUAUAGAUAAAUAACAUAAUGAUUAUCUUUGUCUUGUGAUAUAAAAUUGUCAAAUGUUAAAAACUGGUAUCUUAGAUAUUAUAGCUUCUC